GACCGCCAGCCCGACGUAAUUACGUGUUUCGUUAAUUUCACUAUUUAUUCGUAUUUCGUGUGAAGUAACGCAGAUAUUCUCGAUCAAGGAGAUUUUUUUCCUACGUAUGUAUCUCAGAGUUGUAUGGAACAUCAAAAAGACUCGAGAUUGCGAACGGAGUGACGAAUUGUCGAGAGUGCUCGAGAGGUGCCGUUUUUGAGGUUAAAAGAUCGCUCUUUAAUCUUUCGAGAAAAUAAAUCUUAUUUAGAAGUGGUGCACCGCCAUGUGUUCCCACGAGACUGUCGCGUGGGAAAUCACGGACAACUCCGUCGCGGACAGAAUGAUCGACAACUCCCUGAUACACAAAUUCAGGCCGUCGCGGAAGAUACGAAGGAGGACGAAGGCGCUCAACACCGAAAUAAGGAAACAUUGCGGCGUGAAGGAUUACAAACACUAUACGGAAUUGAAGACCAGUGUCCUGCGACAUUUGGCACGCGACACCGACACCGGCGACAGCAGCAGCCUCACCGACGUCGACUACGAUAUUAUAUACAGCUCUCCGUCGAAACGGGCCAAAUAUGUGGCCAAGAAUUCUGUGAGAUACAGUUUUACCAGCGAAGAAGAGUGCAAAGGAUAUAAAAAGACGAGCGUCAAGGCGAAGAGCGGAGGUAGGAGCACAGAAAGAAGAGUACAAACUAGAAAAUCACCGCAAGUGAAGUAUACUAAAAAAUAUAUUGAUGUAGGCUGGCAAGAAGUUACAAAGAAAAGCAGUAGCACGCCGCUCUUGCAUACAAGUAUCUCGGAUAACGAAGGAAUGGUUUUGAAGGAUAAUGAUUAUUGUCAUUUUAUGGCUGAAUCUAGUAAGCAAUCUCUUUCCCCACGACUCUGUUCCCAAAACAGUACAUCUAGAAUAAUAAAACAUAUAAAUGAACACAUGAGACAGAAUCGUGAAGACGCUAAUGCAAUGGAAAAUAAAUUAAGUUCCAAAAAUAAUACGAUAUCCAAUAAGACAAAAUCUGUACGUGGAAAAAAGGUACAGAAUAACAAAAACCAAAAAGCGACAAUGAAUGAAUCGAAUACUACAUUUAAUUCACAUGAUUCACAUCAUCAACCGUCUCUGUCUCGAUCAACUUUAGAAAAUAGCAAUGAUUUUGAUAAUAAAGCAAAUACUCUUGUCCAAUCAGAAGAUAACGAUAGCAACAAAUUAACAAGUAAUGGAAGCUCGAUGAACACAAAGAAUUAUAACAAUACGUGUGCGAAUCACAAAUCAGAAUUGUUAAAAAAUGUUAAAAGGAACUUGGUAUUGGUACUAGAGAAAAUCGAUUCUACGAAUAAUAAGAAAGAUAUUGAAACACAUAAAAGUCUAGAAGAUAGAUUGAAUAAUGAUCAAUUACUUCCAGCUACCAUAAGUUUUGAUCGACACAGUACGUCAUUAAGGAACACAGGAUCUAAUAUGCCUAAGAUAAAUGAUUUGUCACCGGAUACUUCAUUGUUGGACCACCAAAAAGAUUCAGGAAUCGAUGAAGAUUCACAAGAUAGAAUUGUCAAGAUUAAAAGAUCUAAUAAGAUUGCAACAAGUCGCAAUAUAGAAGAAAACGUGGAGAAAAUAUCUAUUUCUCCAGAACUAAGGAAGAAUGACGAAGUAAUUGAAACAGCAAAAGAUUGUAAGGAAGCUGAAAAGGAUGCAGAUUUAAAAUUUAGCAACGACAUUUUAAUAGACCAAAUCAGCAAAAAAGAGAAGGAGCCUUCCAGAGAAGAAAAAAUGAAAAAUUCUUCCCAAACAAUUCAAAGUGAUAUAAACAUAGAUAUAAAUCAGGAAGAUAAAGAAGAUGAACAUUUUGCAAAAACAGAACAUUCAAAUAAUAUUCAAAACCAACAAUUGCUAUAUCCUAAACAAGAUUGUAUGAAGAAUGCUCAUUCCGAACCUUGCAAUCAUAUACAAACAGAAGAAGAUCAUAGAAAAGUAAGGAAGUCCUCUGAAGAAGAAGAAAUAUCCCUUGAAUUAAAUAAAAUCGAUAAGGAUACAGAGGUUUCUUCAAUUAAUUGCGAAGGCGAAGGUAACGGACAAACAGACGAAGAUAAAGAAGAAAAAAAUUUCCCUCAAUUAAAUAAAACUGAUAAGGACGCAAAGACGCAUUUAAUAAAUCAGGAAGACAAAAUUUGCAUGAAUCUAGAAAAUACAUAUGAUGUACAAAAGCAGCAAAUAUUACCUAAAGUUAUGCAUACUGAAAUUCUCCAUAAAAAAUAUAAGAUAAUAAAUAAGAAAGAUAAUGAUGUCAAGAGUGAUAUUGAGACAAUUGAUGAUAUUAAUAUUAAUACGGACAUCACCAAUAAAUGUACUCCUAUGAAAAAGAAUACAUUAAUACAUUGUCCAGAUGUUAUUAAUCAAAAUACCGAUAAUUGGCAAGAUGCAGCAAUAAAUGCGGAAGAAAUUGAUGCACCAAUAGCAUUGGAAACUGAUAAUGAAGAGAUGAAUGUGAGUUAUGUAUCGUCUCAAACCAAAAAGCGACUUCAGCAGCAAGCGAGAUUGAAUUUAGUUGUGAGCAGCGAUUCCAGUGAGAGCGAUAAUGAAUAUGUUACAGCUAAAACCUCGCGAAAGCAUAUCGACACUUCAGAUACAAGUCGUUGCACUGAAGACGACAGAAAUGAUGAAACCAAUCACGCUUUCAAGCAAACAGACAUUUCGCAUAACGAGAACAUUUACAUACCCAAAAAGGCUAUAGUUCCUACAGAAGUAGCGAAAUUAGGGUCAACAAAUAUGAAGGAAGGAAUAAAGAAGAAAGCAAAAUCGUUAAUAAAAUGUACAUACGAAAAUAAUGAUUUAAUUCAAUCUACGGCAAACAAAAAUUUACUCAAAGAAAAGCAAUAUUGUAAAAAUGUACAUGAUGAUGAUCGAAGUAAAGAUGACAGUUUUCAGUUAAGAGUUUCUGAAAGUAAUGUUUCGUGCAAUAAUGAAAAAUCUGUUACUCAAGUUGAAGGACACAAACAAUCUCCUUUAUUAAAUAAAAAGAACAUGUAUACCAAGAGUAAUGCAAAUGAAGAAAUAAUGAGGACCGAGUUUGGGACAAGACAUAAAUCUGAACAUGAGCCAAGUGUACGAGCAUCAACCAAUUUCUGUUCAGACACACAUCUUAAUAUUUCUUACGAGUAUAGACCAUGCAAUUUACAAGAAUUAGUUGAAGAUCAAGGAUUACUUGUGAAAACAAUGCCAGCAAAUUUUACAUUGGCCGAUCUUUCUGAAGACGAAGAAGCUUUUAUCUUGAACGUUCCAAGCAAGGUGAUACAAUGUAAUUUGCAAGAUCAAGUACUGACAUUAAAAAAGAAGUCAAUAAAAUUCGGUGAAAGUAAAUACAGAAUCGUGCGCAAAGAAGUGGGUACUACAUCUUGCAUUUUUGCAACUGGUAAAAAACGGAAACCUUAUAAGAUAAUAAAUAUUAAAAAAGUCAGUACUAUUACUGUCCGAGAAAAAUUGCCACGAGAUUUGAGAAACACAGAAGUAUCCAGUUCUUAUCCUACUGUUUCUUCUGUACUAAAACCAAUAAAAAUGAACAAUCGACAAACAGAUGAAGCAGAUUCAAAAAUGAUGGAAGUUUUAAAUCAUAAGAAACGCAAGCGAAGAGAAAGUUCAGGUUCUGAAACUGAAUAUUUGUGAUGACUGAUGAAGACAGGACGAUUAAAAGUUUUUUUUAAAUUUAUUUUUAAAAAUUAAAAAUGUCAACGAAAAACGAAACUGAAAACGUUUGAUUACAAAAAAAAUUUUAUUAAAAACAUUUAAUAUCUGAAUACUUCACAUUGCAUAUAUAAUGUGUAUAAUCUACGUGCGCAACACGUGUAUAUGAAGAGAAGUCACCACGCUCGGACAUGAGUAAUGGGACUGAGGAGGAUUACAUUGCGGAUAUUAAUGGAAAUCUCUCACAAUUGGAUCCUAAUAAAGGAAUAUUCUUAAAUUGUAUUCAAUUUAUCUUAUCUUCAUACAUAUCGUUUAAUUUGUAAUAUCUAAUAUAAUUAUAUAAUUCAUACAA